CCGAAGAUUUGACAGUUCCACGUCACGAAGCAACGAGAAAGCGGCCGAAUUCAGUUCCAAAAUACUCGCAAAAGAAUCAGCCAACAUUAAAGAUGUUCAAGCACCUGCUUCUUCUGUGCGCCCUCAGCGCCGUUUUUAGUGUCUGCCUGUCGGAGGACGAAACCCGCGCCCGCCUCCUGGUCUCCAAGCAGAUCCUGAACAAGUACCUGGUGGAGAAGAGCGACCUGUUGGUGCGCUACACCAUCUUCAAUGUGGGCAACGGUGCCGCCACCAAGGUGCGCCUCGUAGACAGCGGCUUCCAUCCGGAUGCAUUCGAGGUUGUGGGUGGUCAGCCCACCGCCGUGGUCGACAGGAUCGCUCCCCAGAACAACUUCACCCAUGUCCUGGUGGUGAGGCCCAAGGCCUUCGGCUACUUCAACUUCACCGCCGCCGAGGUGUCUUACAAGGCGGUUGAGGAGUCGGACUUGCUCCAACUGGCGGUCAGCUCCGAGCCCGGUGAGGGUGGCAUUGUCAACCUGAACGAGUACAACAAGCGUUUCUCCUCCCACUUCUUUGACUGGGUGGCUUUCGCUGUGAUGACCCUGCCUUCCCUGGCCAUUCCUCUGGGUCUGUGGCAUCAGUCCAAGAGCAAAUACGAGCGCACCGGCAAGAACAAGAAGCACUAAGCUGUGCUCAGUGCGCCGUUGGAGCCUCACCUCAAGAGAUUUCUGAACGAACACCCCUUCACGCAAAUUCCGUAUAUCUUUGUUGCUUUAGUUUCCAAUUGAUUCCAUGCGUUGUUCAUCCCCACACAUCUAUGUAGUUUACUCCAGUCUGGAGGCGAGCGUUGAAUCGUUUUAGAUUUGAUACGAGGACGCAUCGAGUAAAGAGAGAGUUGAACCAAGUCCAUCAAGAGUUAAGCCUAGACUGCUUUUCUAAAUAAAUUAAAACAAAUUGUAAAACUGA